AUGCCCGAGCCCACCACGGGCUCUGUGUCCUCCCGCAGGGCUCCCAGCCCCUCAUUCGUCCUCAAAAUACGCAACGAGCCAAAGUCCAAAGUGCCCCCUAGGAACAAGCGCCCCCGACUCGUGCGCGCCGCCGAUAUACCCGCCUCGCGCGUCGACCGCCCGCCGCACGUCCGCAAUCCACGAGCCCUCCCAGCAGCAGUCUGCAAAGACGAACGACUGAUGGGCCGCUCCUUUGCGGAGCUCUGCUGGCCUGGGCUCGGAGAAAAGAUCAGCGCGUCUGGCCAUAUGUACGCAAGGACAUUGAUUCUGAUGCACGGCGAGGGCGAGAUCCUGCAGCUGGGCCGCGUCCGCGGGCUCGACCUGGUGCACAGGUGCUCGUUGGCCUGCUUCCCCUACAUGCGUGAUGGAAAGCCUUGA